AUGGCUAAAUUGUAUUAUAUCAAAAGAGUAGAGUUGGGUCAAGCGGUGAAAGUAUUGCUCACAAUUACACAGACGGCCAGAAAUCCGGUUAGUUUUGACGUCGAGUGUACUUACGAUUACGACGCCGACGAAAUCAUCCGCACUAUUAAUGUUACGUUCAAUCAUAAAGUGCUGUACACUGUCGGAGAGCAUACCAGAUGGGUGCCAGAGUUUGAGCGCAAUCUGGAGCUGCAGACGAGCCGCCACUCGAGGGGCAAAUUCAGUGUCGUAAACGUGACGCGACGCGCGUUCGGUGACUAUCGGUGUGACAUUCAGUAUUGGUCUGACUAUGAGAGGCAAGUGAUGACCGCAUCCACAAAGGGAUACGUGACAGUCGGCCGACGCUUUACGGACAGCACGUUUUACAUCGAACCUCAUUAUCUAUACCAUUAUCCCUAUCAUGUAUAA